GGCUCGCUGCGGGGGCGGCCUCCGGGAGCGCCAGGCUGACCCCGAGCCCCUGUCGGUCACGGGGGGCCUGGACUCUCGCCUGAGACACCACCAUGGCCGAGCGUGCCCGCAGGUCCGCGCGCACCCUGCUCGCCAGCCUGCUGGCGCCGGCGCUGUUGGCGCUGCUGGUGCCGCCGGCGCGGGGUCGGGGCGGCCGGAACCACGGGGACUGGGACGCGGACGCGCUGCUGCCGCCGCUGCCGCCCCGUGAGGACGCGGCGCGCGUGGCGCGCUUCGUGACGCACGUCUGCAGCUGGGGCGCGCUGGCCACCGUCUCCACGCUGGAAGCGGUGCGCGGCAGGCCCUUCGCCGACGUCCUCUCGCUCAGCGACGGUCCCCCCGGCGCGGGCAGCGGCGUGCCCUACUUCUACCUGAGCCCGCUGCAGCUCUCCGUGAGCAACCUGCAGGAGAAUCCAUAUGCUACACUGACCAUGUCUUUAGCACAGACUGACUUCUGCAGAAAACAUGGAUUUGAUCCCCAAAGUCCCCUGUGUGCUCACACGAUUCUGUCAGGGACUGUGACCAAGGUGAAUGAAACAGAAAUGGACUUUGCAAAGCAUUCAUUAUUCAUUCGACAUCCUGAGAUGAAAACCUGGCCUUCCAGCCAUAAUUGGUUCUUUGCUAAGUUGAAUAUAACCAAUAUCUGGGUCCUGGACUUCUUUGGUGGACCAAAAAUAGUGACACCUGAAGAAUAUUAUAAUGUCACGUUUCAGUGAAGCGGAAUACGGUGAAUUUAACCACACGUGUGAAGUUUCUUGGGAUGGCUCAUACAAACUUAAAGGGCUUAACAUUUCUCUGGAAAGUUUCCCAGAAUAUUAGCCAGUUUUCUGUCACAUGCUGGUUUGCUUACUUGCUUGCUUGUUUAUGGAAUAGAGUUGGACUGUUACUGGAUUUCUUAGAAGAUGUGUUUGCUAGAUUUUUUCCCCCAUAUUUUGAAGCAAUUUUCAUAGAGGAGUGUCUUUCGUUAAAAUCAAAGUUUUGUUCCAUCAAUUCCAAAUAUUUUCCCAGUGGUGCUCCUUGAAAAGGAACAAGAGCCAGGUUUACAUUGCCCUUGGCAUUUGAUGGUACCUGAGUAUGUGUUCUUUGUUCCUAGAAGGCGCUAUGCUGGUUAGAGGGCUUGACUUGCCACAGCUGCCUCCUGAGCUGCCUGAACCUGGUGCAGUAGGGUUGGCUCCUGUGAUGGUGCCUGAAUAAAUCUUGCCAAAACAGACAGACAAUGAUGAAACACAAAUAGAGGUUUCUACUCAUGUUGGUUUGUAUCUGACAAUCCUGGGUAUUGUUGAUCCAACAUAGGGCAAAACUAUUUCUUAUAAAGAAUUUUUUUUAAAAAGUUUUAUGUACUAAAAUGCUUAUCUGGAACAAAAGAAGUUCAAAAAAUUUUUCACGAAUUUGAUUUCCCCACCUAAAUGGAGACUGUGUAAUCAAAACACAUGCAUACAGGUACACGUUACUAUUAUUUUUUCCCCAAAAUGGGAUUGCAAAAGAAAGAGAGAAUGAAGGGAGUUUUUAUAUUUCUGGAAUUUUUUUAUAAGCAGAAUUAAGUCAGGCAUGGCCCAGCUUCAGCCAGAGCCAAAAUCCCCCUCCCUGUCCACUCUUUGUUAAGUAUGAGUUGUUAUAUUUGAAAACUACAAAAUGAACUUAACUGAAAUCCAGCAAACAGUUUCUGUUUUAAAAAAAUGAUUUAUAUUAAACUUGGUAAAAUAGAUUUCUUACUUAAAUCAUCAAUAAUU